AUUCGUUUAACCUCUAAAUAUGAAAUAACUUUCAACAACAACGAAAUAAUUUAACGAAAUAUUUUAGAAAAAUAAUUUAUAUAUAAUAAUUGAAUGGUAAAUUCAUAGAAUCGUAUUAGAAAAUAAAUAAAUAUGACGGCAGCGAUUAAAACAUUAUGGAAACAAGCGUUAAAUACAUUUGAAGAACGAAGUAACGUAGGAUUUAAACUUUGUCAAAAAAAUUUUGACAAAUUGCGGUAUUUAAUGAACAAAAUUACGGCCGAAGAUGUAAAUCUAAAUAAACAAAUCCUUGAUUUUAUUCAAGUGCAACAUGCACCGAUGUGGGUUAUUGAUAUAUUUGAAAACAAAGACUUUGCUAUUUCAAUUUUUAUAUUAAAACACGGAUUUACGAUGCCAAUUCAUGAUCAUCCUGGAAUGUAUGGAUUUUUAAAGGUAAUCAAUGGUGUAGUUCAAGUAAAUAAUUAUACUUUAAAAGCGAAUGAAGAUCAUACGAUUAGAUUAAACAAAGAAAUUAUGGCAUUUGGACAUAAGCCGAUAUCUUUACAUAGUAAUUCACCUGCUUGUACUCUUACACCAAGAGAAAAAAAUUUACAUGAAAUUACAUGUAUCGAAGGACCUGCUGCAUUUUUGGAUAUACUUAGUCCACCGUAUGAUGUGGAUGAAUCUGGAAAAGGUCCAAGACCAUGUACAUUUUUCAAAACUGUUAGUAGUUCCAAAUUAUGUACAGAUUCAUCGGAUAUAGUUGAAGAAGUUAAAUUGGUAGUGAUUGAAGGUCCACCGGAUUUCUAUUCUGGAAGUCUUAAAUAUACGGGACCACCUUUAAUGUGACCUGAAGUACCAAGAAAUAUUUUUUGUUCUAUUUGUUAAAAAAUUGCAUUUUAUUGUAUUAAUUUACGACUCCGAUUUUAAAUUAUUAUAAAUUUUUAAGAAUGUUCAAUUCUAAUUGAAUAUAUACGAUGUUUAUUUCUUG